CGCUUGCUUUUCUAAAAUGAUCAGAAAACUGUUUGCUAUCGUACUAAUCGCAGGCGCUUGCAACGCCUAUCCACACGAUUUCAAGACUGCUGUCGAACUUACACCAACCCCUAUCAGCCCAGAGAAAGAUUUAGUCAACCCAGAAAGAGGGCCUUUGGAACCCGAGGGCCCUAUCAACCCGGUGAUAGACCCAGUCGACCCCGAAAGAGCUCAGCCUUUUUAUGAAGGUCCUGUGUACACAGCAAGGAACCCUGUUAACCCAGAAAAAGACCCUUUGCCUUCAGAGAAUGGGCCCGUCCCUACCGAAGUCCCUGAAGACAUCCCUGGCUCACAGAACGGCCCUAAACCUGAUGAAUCGGAUCUGAAAACAGACGCUUCCUUCUGGUGGCCUUACUAUAGGUCUUACAGAUCUUACUGGAGCUACCCUACCUACAGGACGUAUUGGAGCUACCCUACCUACAGAUAUUACAGACCAAGAACAUACUACAGUCAUUACUACUGGUAAAGGUACAACGCCCCCC